CCGCACAGGGCGAGAGGGCGGGAGCAGGGGACUCUUGAUGCUCAUCCCCGUACCCCAAGCCUCGGUUUCCAAGUCUUCCUGCUCUUCUGCCGUCAACACUCCACUCCUCGGCUCGUCUGCCCUUCCCACUCCCUCCCGGCUCGCUGGCGCGUCCCCGCUCCUUCUCCGUGGCCUGUGCUCAUUUCGCCUUCUGCUCCUGCUUGUCGCAAUCGCUGUACAAAGGGCCGGGGGCGGGAGUGGGGGGCGGAUGAGGGGAGCCGGGCCCGAACUGGCUGCCUCUGCGUGGCCGCGGCCAAUCCGGAGCGUGCCCCCCCGCGCGGAAGGGCCUAUCCGCCCGCAGCCGGGCGGAGCUGCGGGCAGAGCAGGGAGCUUGCCGAGGGGACGGCCCCGCCGCCUGCCUCCAGCCAUCCGACACCAGCCAGGGGCUCUCCUGCCUCGCCAUGCCGCCGUGGGGCGCCGCCCUCGCCUUGCUCCUGGCCGCGCUCGCCCUGCUGGGCCUGCUCGCAGAGAGGCUGCGGAGCUUCGGGAGGCGCGCCGUCGGAGCUAGGGCCCUGCCGGGAACCCGGGGCUGGGACACUGAGGAAGAGGCGGACGGCAGAGGCCCCGCGGACCAGUUCAGUGACGGGUGUGAGCCGCUGCCCGGGGGGUGCAGGCUCCUCUGUAAGCCGUCGGCGCUUGCUCAGUGCCUGCUGCGCGCCUUGCGACGCUCGGCAGCGCUGGAGCCGGGCCCGCGCUCUUGGCUCUCCGGGCCCCACCUGCAGACCCUCUGUCACUUCGUGCUGCCGGUGGGACCGGGGCCUGAGCUGGCGCGGGAGUACCUGCAGUUGGCGGACGACGGGCUGGUGGCCCUGGACUGGGUUGUGGGACCUUGCGCCCGGGGCCGCCGGGUUGCCAACGCCGGGGGCUUUCCGGCGGUGCUGCUGGUGAUCCCCAAUGCGUGGGGGCGCCUCACCCGCAACGUGCUUGGCCUCUGCCUGCUCGCCCUGGAGCGCGGCUACUACCCGGUCAUCUUCCACCGCCGCGGCCACCACGGCUGCCCGCUGGUCAGCCCCCGGCUGCAGCCUUUCGGGGACCCGUCCGACCUCAAGGAGGCGGUCACUUACAUCCGCUUCCGACACCCGGCGGCCCCUCUGUUCGCGGUGAGCGAGGGCUCAGGCUCGGCGUUGCUGCUGUCCUACCUGGGCGAGUGCGGCUCCUCUAGCUACGUGACGGGCGCAGCCUGCAUCUCGCCGGUACUGCGCUGCCGCGAGUGGUUUGAGGCAGGCCUGCCCUGGCCCUACGAGUGGGGCUUUCUACUCCACCAGAAGAUAACCCUCAGCAGGUACACCACGGCCCUGGAGGACACAGUGGACACCCACAAGCUGUUCAGGAGCCGCUCCCUGCAAGAGUUUGAGGAGAUCCUCUUCUGCCACACCAAGAGUUUCCCCAUCAGCUGGGACACCUACUGGGACCACAAUGACCCCCUCCGGGACGUGGACGAGGCAGCGGUGCCCGUGCUGUGUAUCUGCAGUGCUGAUGACCCAGUGUGCGGGCCCCCAGACAGCUUCCUGCCCACCGAACUCUUUCACAGCAACCCCUACUUCUUCCUCCUGCUCAGCCACCAUGGAGGCCACUGUGGCUUCCUGCGCCAGGAGCCCUUGCCAGCUUGGAGCCACGAGGUCAUCUUGGAGUACUUCCGGGCCUUGACUGAGUUCUUCCGAAUGGAAGAGAGGAUGAAAGCGCUGAGUAGGCACCGAGCCUCAUUCCUAGGGGGGCGGCGGCGCUGGGGACUCCUCCAGAAGCGGGAGGCCUCUCCCUCUUCCAAUUUGGAGGAGAUCUUUAGUUGGAAGCGAUCAUAUACAAGGUGAGAGACUGCCUGAGAACCAUUCAGUGCUGCAGGGAAGGACAGAGCUGGGCACUGCUCCAUCCUGAAAAGCCGGUCAGGACUUCGUGGGCCAAGCAAGUCCAGCUCUGUGCCACUCAUUCAGCCCCUUCUGUCUGAAACUGGUGUGUGGAAAGAGACAAGACUUCCAGAAAAUGGGUGCUCACCAUCCUGAGUAGAACUCCUGCCCUGACCCUGCUCCACACAUUGCAGCUCAUCCUGGUCAGCAGCUGGGCAUUCCAGCCACUGUCUCUGGUCACCGACCACAUAAACCAAGGAAAUGCAGCAUGGUACUCAGAGGAAAAUGCUCUCACUAACAGUGACUACAGAGAUGAGUUUUUGUGUGUUGUGGGGCAGUUCUGUCCCCUAUAAAAUAACAGGCUCUGUGACCCAGACCUCAAGGAGUCCCUCCUUGAGCAAGGACAGGAUGUUUGCAUCUUGGUCCAACUUCCCUCAUUUCAGUCCGCUGUUGUGGCACUCUGCUGAUUUCAUGCCACCUCAGUGGAAGUGUGCUCACAGAGCUGCAUGGCUGCAUCCAUCUGGCGUGUGUCAGAAAGGUGGCAGAGGCCUGAGACAGGGUUGGUGGUGGUUACAAGGAAGAGAGUAUGAAUUUCGGUGUCUGGAAUACCAAGACCCAGUCUUCCAGACAGGUUCUGAAAGUCUCAACCAGGAAUGGUAUUGAUCUGGGGAUUCAGCCUAGGACCCCAAGCCUCACCGGAGAUCCUAAGGAUGAGUUUAGGAAUGGGAAGUCCUUGCACACAGGGUCUGCUAGACAGGGUCUCGGGGAGCCAGGCUCUCAGGCACCCUACCCCCUCCCUCCAGUACCAUUUCAGGGGAUUACUCCAGAGAACCCUGGCCAGAGCUAUUUUUUCUUCUGAGAUGUGGGCUUUCUUGAAGUGGAAAUAUAUAGAUCUCAUCUGUUAGGUAUUUUCUGGUUAUUUUCUGGUUAUUUGUCCUCUUUUCAGACACUACCAUUAGCCUCUCCCUCUCCAGAGAAAACAAAAGUUCCAAGAGGUUGGCUGGCACUGACUUGCUAAUUUAUGAAUGUUUCACAUUACCAUGCUUUUUCUGCUCAAUCUUUUGAAAAGCCAUCCAUGUAGAUACAGAGAAACCUUCUUCCUGGAUCUGGCCACUCAGUAACUGGUUUUAUGAGGAAUAAUCCUAAAGAUCACAGUAAAAUAAAGUGUUGUACAGACCGAUCCACACAUCCUGGUUUGGAUCAGGCCAUUAAA